GACAUUUGAGGGGCAUAAGAGUAAUUUGCCGUUAAUUUAAAUGGCAGGGUUUGCCGUUCUUGUUACGACAAAACUCGUUACCGAGAAAAAGCUAAGACCAACACAAAGUGUUAGCCUGCAUUCUUCUAAAGAUCAAGAGCAUUCAAAUCGGAAAACCGAGGCUGGAACUCAAUCACACCAUCUUGUAGCGCCAAGCGAUAAGGGAAAAAGAGCUGCCUCAAAAUCUCCUUCAAGUAGACGUUCGACACCCGAAUAUCACCCAGUCUCACCUAACUCAAGAGGACUUAGCACAUCUGAAGACUUAUGUUUCUUUACUAGUCUUCAAUUUCCAGCUUAUGAACAAGGAAACGAUUUCGUAGAGUAUGAACCACAUCAACCUCCAAAAUCUCCGUAUCGUCCACACUCGCCAAAUGCAAUGGGAACUUACACACCUGGCUUUCAAAACUUGGGAUAUGCGCAGCAGGGAAAUCCGGAUGGAUCUGAAUUAUAUCAACCUCCGCAACCGCAAUAUUACCCAAAAUCGCCUAAUUUGAGAGGUUUUACAAGACCCGAGACCGAAUCCGCUCCUCGUGCCGAUAUGACACCAGAGGAUGAACAACCAUUCACGCACACUCUUGAUAGUCACCAAAAGAUCAUUUGGGGCCAGUGCACCUCCAAGAAGAACUCCUGUAGAGAACUCCAAGAUUCAGCGGCUCAGCGAAGGCAUAGAGCUUGGGAAAGCGGACCUUCAAACAAACAGCGCGCUUACAUCAACCCAGAUCAUAGCACUACCACUGCUGGUGGUGCAAGCUCAUCAGGAUUUAACCAAACACGAGACUUAUCUGAAAUUCAGUCACAGAUGCAUUUGACGAGUAUCUUGGAUCCCAAUAUUCUUACAACUUCCGAUGCUGGAGAAAACUACAACCAAAGACUAUCCACAGCCCUCCAGCCUUCAAGUUGUAGCGCUGGACCGAGCUCUUCUCGUUUGCCGGAAGCAUCGCCAGGGGAAGCAAGAGAUGAAGAGUGGCUGCGUGAGAAGUACAUGUGGGAUUCGAACGAGCACGAAAUGCAACAACGGUAUCUGCAGAGAUAUCCUGCGGACACCUUUGUAACUGGGGACCCUGCCGAGCUUCGUGCCCAUCUUCUAUUUGCCAUGUCCCUUGGAGAGGGUCGGACAUGCAAUUAUCGAGACAAACAUUCAAAACGUUGUUCAAAAGUAGCCGUGGGAGUCAAAAGGUUCUUUUUCUGUGGUGACCCAAACCACGACGACGGUCAUAACCCCAAUUGGUAUAGAGGAGCGAGAGUCCGUACUUUCCGUGAAAACAAAUGUUUUCAGGUAAUAAGAGUGCCUGGUCCAGAAACACAUAACCAUAAUUUGCGCUUGUGUGACCGCUUUACUACCGGGGAAUAUUGUCAUGUUGAGAGUCAUUGCGACACGAACAUGAAUGUACCUCAGCCAAGAGGUCCGCUAUAAAGCAAUUAUGGCCAUGCCGGUUGACAGGUCUUCCCAGCUCCUGGAUUCUCAAUAAUUGCGACCUUGUUGAUUACUUCCAGGAUCGAAC